AUGGGCAAAUUGUUUAGCUGUAGUGUAGUACUAAUUCUUUUCAUUGUUGUAUUGAGUCAAGGAAUUCCAUCUAUAUAUGGAAGACCUUUGAUAAAUAACAACAACAGACCCCACAACAACAACAACAACAAUAAUGCAAUUAUUGCUAAUAAUAAUAAUGCAACUCCGGCUGCGCCGCCUAGUGAAGAUGGACAGGCUGUGAUCAUCGGUGAAUCUCAGCCGCCACCGCCACCGCCUCCAGCUGGCCACACCGCCAGCAACUUCAGGCCCACCGCUCCUGGCCAUAGCCCCGGUGUCGGUCACGCCAUUAAGAACUAG